CAGCCGCCGUCGCCGAGACCGCACACUCUUUUGCUCUGGCUCUUGCGCUCACGAGAUCGAAGACUAUUUCCUCAGGCGACGUGAAUCUCUUGACUUCGUACCACACUUUGGUGUCUCGCACAGCAGAAUGAGCCUCUCAGACGACGCGCGCUUCGUGACCCUCGGGAUGUUCAUCAUCGACGAGUUCACGUACCAGGAUGAUGAGGGGAGGCCGCUGGCAGACAAGAAGGGGGAUAGUCAAAUCGGCGGCGGCGGCACCUACGCGGCAGUCGGUGCGCGAAUAUGGCUUCCACCCUCGCAGCUCGGCAUGGUAGUCGACAAGGGGAAGGAUUGGCCAGGGAAUAUCGAGGGACAGCUGAAUGCUUUCGGCGAAGAGAUGUGGCUUUACCGCGACCAGCCAGACGCACUGACGACGCGCGCACUGAACAUCUACAAGGGAGAAUAUAGAGGCUUCGAAUACCUUACUCCUCGCAUCCGCAUUACGCCUCGCGACCUACGAGGCACGCGUAUUGAGCAGCCAGAAAUACUCCACUUCAUCUGCUCCCCGACGCGCGCCUCGGUAAUCAUGUCGGAAGUACGAGAGACGCCAGACUGGCAUCCGACGACAAUCUACGAGCCUAUUCCGAACAGAUGUGUGCCCGAGGAGUUGCCCUCGCUCAUCAAGGUGUUGCCGUCAAUCUCGAUACUGAGCCCAAACGCAGAGGAAGCGCAGUGCUUGCUGUCCAUGCCCGGUGCACCAACAAGAGAGAGCGUCGAGCAGGCAGCCGCCAAGUUCCUCGCUUAUGACAUCGGCGAAGCAGGGGAAGGAGCCGUCAUCAUUCGCAGCGGAGCCCUAGGGGCCUACGUGCUGACAAGAGCCAUGGGUGGCAGAUGGAUUGAAGCAUACUGGCAAGACCAGAAGGACGUAGCGGAUGUCACGGGUGGGGGGAACUCAUUCCUAGGAGGUCUGGGGGCGGGCCUCAUCAAGUGCAAGGGGGACGUGUAUGAAGCGACCUACUACGCGUCAGUCUCCGCAUCCUUCAUCAUCCAACAAUUUGGCCUACCACGCAUGGAGGUUACCGAAAACGGCACGCUGUGGAACGGGGAGUCUCCAGAAAAGCGGCUCUCGGAUCUGCGUCGGCGGCAUGAGGGGAAAAGGCAUUAG